AUGAAUACAACUUUUUCUGAUUGUACAUUUACUGAAGAAUCAGGAGAUGAAAUAACCAACAUAUCUUACUUAGAGAAACAAAUUGAGCAACAGCGCUACCAAACAUCGGUUGAAUUACUGCUUCCUGUGCAAAAUGAGAGCGAUGCCAUCACAACCAAAAUUGUUGAUAUGGUAGAUAGCCUUUCGUAUUACGAAUUUACCGGAAGCCCCGAUAUUCUCCUAUUUCCCGACUUGUAUAAUAAUCUCUUGCAUUCAGGAAAAGCGUUCCUUAUUUCUCAGGCGCCUUAUGGUUCUGAUGACCAAAUCUCAACAGUUAAUGGAAAACUACAUGUCACACUGAGUAAAGACUCAUUUCUUCAAACAGGCCUGGAUGCUCACCCAGCUUCUUCAAAGACGACUAACUCUUUAUGGCAUGCUUCUUACGACCUGAAAACGACUUUUUUACAAUCUCACCGAAAGGGCUUUGAAAGACUGAAGAGUGCACUUGGUCGCUUUAAUAAUCAGUGGACAUUUUACAUGGGAAUUCCUCCAGAACAUAUAGACGAAUCUUUUAUGAAAUCUUUAAAAAAAUCGUUUCCAGUACCUUUAAUACAGCACCAUUUACGUGUUGAAAAAAGUGUCUAUUCAUCCGUUAUAAUUCCUCCGCUCAUCAGUUCUCUAAAAAAUAUAGGUAGCACGGAUGACUCGAUAGAAAAAUCCGUCGAUACUUUAGAACAAAUGUCUUUGUUGCUUUUAAAUGCAGAUGUUAUACAUAAGGACUACUCAUCGGAUCCUUAUAUAUGCUCCUAUAAACCUAAUUCUAAUAGUACAUCUGAUAUUUUGGCUAUUUCAAUAGUAGGUCUAUUUGACUCGUCUGUUUCCAUGCGUGUCUAUAAUUUACUAAGGGAUUUGGAUUGGGGUUUCUGUGUCUUCCGUAAUGAACAUCUUUCCUCAAUUCCUGAAUCUUUAGCAGCUCCUGGCAAAGCCAACCGAACUUUGCUUUGCUUAAAUCAAAAAAGUCAAAAUAUACGCUGGACUUGGAAAAUAACUUGA